CGCACCCGUUCUCGCGCAAAACCACCGAACCGACCAAUAGCCAUGGCGAAGGGCCGGAAGAAGGACGCCGCCGUCCGCGGCGUGGAUGACGACGGAGGAGCCGCCUCUUCCCAGUCGGUGAACGCGGAGGUGGGAUUCGCCAAGCUCCAGGGCGAGGACUUCGAGUACUACAUGCAGACCUACUCCAUCAUUCUGGGUCGCAACAGCAAGACGUCGGAGGUGGACGUCGAUCUCGCCUCACUCGGCGGCGGCAUGAACAUAUCCCGCCACCAUGCCCGCAUUUUCUACGACUUUAUCCGCCGCCGCUUCGCCCUCGAGGUCCUGGGUAAGAAUGGGUGCUUGGUCGAGGGCGUCCUCUACAUCCCCGGCACGCCGCCCGUCAAGCUCGAUUCCCAAGAUCUCCUCCAGAUGGGGGAAAAACAGUUUUACUUUCUCCUUCCUACCCGAUCCCUAUUUGGCGGUGAAACUGCUCCCGUUACUCGCCAGCUGUCAGGGGCCGCUCUCGCGGGGUGCGCGGACCUCGUGGAUCCUCGUGGAGGUGGGAUUCCCGUGCUUAACGAUGAAGAUGGCAGCUACGAUGACGACGAUGCAAAUGAGGAGGAGGAGGAGGAGGAAGAGGAAGAGGAAGAGGAAGCGGAAGAGGAGGAUGAUGUUCGGGAAUCGAUUGUUCGCAAUGAUGGAAAGCGACUGAGAGGAUUUUCAGAGGAUGAACCGGAGGAAGCUCAUCGUAGGACAAGCAACGAAAAGCCAUCGCGUCGUCCAGAUACAAAGGCUGAGAGAAGAUCAAGAGCUGAUAGGGAAGCAGAUAAUCAGCGACUCCUUGUAUUGGAAGAAAAAGAGGUCAUAACUUCUGUAACAACAGUGCUCUCUGAUCUUUGUGGGCCUGGUGAAUGGGUGUCCGUGGAGAAACUUCACACGGAGAUAUCGUAACCUGUCACAUCUUUUUGAUGUCGUUUUAUGACAUGAUCGCAGCUGCUGGAAGAGUUUGGCAAUUUGUGGCAUCACAGCAGGGUAAGAAGAUAUCUCACAUCCGAGGAAUGGCCAACCACUGAAACCAAUGGAAAACCCUGGCAUGGCCUUCUGUUGCUUCUGCGAAAAUAUCCACAGCACUUUGUUAUCAACAAGUCCAAGGGAAGAUCUGCAUUAGAGUUCAUUUCUCUAGUUUCUUUGAUCUCCUGAUCCACUCCAUCCAUUUUCAUAUAGACACAACUCAACGAAUGCAUCCCAAAACAAAAACAUAAUGGCGCAUGGAUCUCUUUUUGUACAUGGCUCUUGGGACCCAAGUGAUGGGGAUUCUUUAAAACAUUUUACAGCCUUUUAUGUUGUUUUUACCAUUCCAUUUUUUUUUCAGUAAUAGUUUUUGACAUUAUAAGGACAUUUUAUUUAUAGUGAUGCAAGAUGAGGCAAACAGUUAACUCUUUGUAGAAAGCUUUAUUUCUCUAUGCAGACUAGAACUGACUCAGUUUAGUUAAUUCGUCA